AUGGCUGCCAACGGUAUGACGCUGCGAAGCGGCAGGGUUUUGGGCGCUGCUCCACCAUCACCAGUGCCACCGCCGGCUGCGAUCCAACCAGGACAAUUCCCUCCGGGUUUGCCAGCUUUCAAUACACUAAUGGGACUACCGCCGGCAGUGCGCAUGACAAUUCUUGGAACUGUGUUCCAAGGGCAACCCAGGAUGGAUCUUGAAGAUCUUUUAAGACCUCGAGACCUGGCCAGCUUCUGUUUAGUCUGCCAACAACUCAAGGCCGAGGCCACAGAAGCUUACUUUAGAGUCAGCCUCUUUGAUGUCACAGUCCUCACCUCGGUCCACGAUGUACAGUUCCUCCGGACGUCAGUCAAUUGGGGGCAGCCGCCUACGCCCAACAGACCAUUCUUGUAUACCUUUCAGGAAUUCCCGCGAAGUGCUGGGGAGUUCCCCUGGGAUACAUGCUAUCAGUGGGUGAAGGACGCCGGACCAUUCAUAAGGAACGUCAAUUUCAACGUCAUAACACCGCUCAGAGCCUACGAGCCAAUGGUCAGCGUCGCCCGUCGAAACCAGCUCCAAUGGAACUACCCAAUCCACGGUCUAUUCUCCGUGCAAGUAUUGCCGGGUCCUGGGGCCAACGUGAGGACGGUGUGGUUUCCGCCCACGUACCCACCGGCCCCCGUGCCCGCCGGACUCAUGCUCCCGCCGGCUGCGGUGGCCGGAAUCCCGUACCCUUACUAUCCUGCCAACUCCAGUGCCUUCGACGGACAGUGUCAGCGUGCAAACAUCGAGGCUCGUAGGCUGCGACAGUCGUAUCUGCCAGCGGUGCAACCACCUGGAGCGAUGGGAUUCACAGGCUUCACCCUUCUGGAUUUGAGCGAGAUAGCUGUCAGGUACUUCACCAAUUUCCCAGUCAUAUGGGACAGAGGACCUGGUCUCAUCUAA